AUGGAAGACCUGUUUCCCUUCGUCUGUAGCUGUGGUCCAGAAAUCUUCCACGGAGCCAAGACGGGAUGGUUCCUGGGUCCUGGCCAUCCCAAGCAAACCUCAGCUGAGACGGCACUGGGAAACGUUACCGUAUCUGCUGAUGUUCCCACAUCUCCCAGGAGUGGCCAGAUAGAUCAGCCGGAUCAAGGCUACAAAGGCAGUACCUCACUAUUCACUGAAAUGAUUUCCUCUGGUAAUGCAUCUCUUCAUAUCCAGAAGCGCGGCCCACAGGACAAGGGGAAGUACAGGUGCCUUGUCACCAGCAGUCGAGAAACUACUGAGCACUUCAUCAUAGUCAAGGUGGAAGCCCCUAUCCAGUCUGUGAGCCUGGAGACAACACAUCUCAGUGGUUUUGAGGAAGUCUCAUGCUCCUGUCGAGACGUCUACCCUCCUCCCUGUGUAAACCUGUUCAUAGAGCCGGCUGGUCUACCUGAUUCCCUCGAACCCAUCACACACAAAACAGCUGACAAAAAAGGCCUGUUCUCGGUGGAGAGCAAACUCAAGAAAUUGAACAAUCUGACCUACUACAUCUGCCUCGUCCAAUCAUUCUACAGGUCUCAGACAUGGAGGGCAUCACUGCAGGAGAAAGGUUUGAUCUCACGGAGCAAAUUCAUAGAUGUCUGGACACGUUACAUUGAAUUUCAUCAUCAUUAUUAUUACACGACAUUGCAUCACAAAAUAUUUCCAUGA